ACCACCCUCCAACUCCAGAAAAUUUAUUGAGAAAAAAAAUAGACAAAGAAAAAAACUGUUGAAAAUGGCAACUUCAGCGUUUCAGCAAUCUGCAUUUGGUGGGCAGACGGCUUUGAAGCCCCAGAAUGAGCUGAUCAGGAAGGUCGGCAACGUCAGUGCCGGAGGCCGGUUCACCAUGAGACGUACUGUCAAGAGCGCUCCUCAGAGCAUCUGGUACGGACCGGAUAGGCCCAAGUACUUGGGCCCAUUCUCCGAGCAAACCCCAUCAUACCUUACUGGUGAAUUCCCUGGAGAUUAUGGUUGGGACACUGCAGGGCUGUCGGCUGAUCCCGAGACAUUCGCUAAGAACCGUGAGCUUGAGGUGAUCCACUGCCGUUGGGCCAUGCUUGGUGCAUUGGGUUGCGUUUUCCCAGAGAUCCUGUCCAAGAAUGGGGUCAAAUUCGGAGAGGCCGUGUGGUUCAAGGCCGGAGCCCAGAUCUUCUCGGAAGGCGGGCUCGACUAUUUAGGCAACCCUAACCUCAUCCACGCACAGAGCAUCUUGGCCAUCUGGGCCUGCCAAGUCGUGUUGAUGGGUUUCGUCGAAGGAUACAGAGUCGGAGGAGGCCCACUUGGAGAGGGACUCGACAAGAUCUACCCUGGCGGAGCGUUCGACCCGUUGGGCUUGGCCGACGAUCCUGAGGCAUUUGCCGAGUUGAAGGUUAAGGAAAUCAAGAAUGGGAGAUUGGCAAUGUUCUCAAUGUUUGGAUUCUUUGUGCAGGCCAUUGUGACUGGAAAGGGCCCAAUUGAGAACCUCUUUGACCAUGUUGCUGAUCCAGUGGCCAACAAUGCUUGGGCCUAUGCCACAAACUUUGUGCCUGGAAAAUGAGAUACUUAGACAAAAUGUGCUAAUGUUAGGGGAGUGUUGCUGAAACUAUUGUAUUGUGAAUUUGAGGUGUAUUCCUGGUAUGAUGAUGUGAGAAUGUUUCAACUCUAAAUUUGCUGUUCUUGGCACCUUUUACCUUA